AUGGUCAAAUCAUACUUCCUCGCCCCGAACUUUACGACGGCACCACCUCCAGAAGGACCCAUCAAGCUCGGCUCCAUCCUACACAACAUCAGAGAGUUCAGGACUAUCAACCGGACAGUCCAGGCGAUUCCCGUAAUGCAGCUUCAACCCGUUGACAAAGAAACUGGAUUUGAGAUCUUCCUAGGCCAGCGUCAUUCGGCUGAUUUUGGUUUGAUCGCCCAAGUCUUAGGACUGCUUGGCUUGGGCACCAGCGCUUCCAUCGAACGAACCAAAGACAGGAACAAUUUGCUCUCAUGCCAGCGUCUGGAUACUUUCGCCUUCGACCCGACCGAGUCCUACAUCAACAAGAGUAUGGAAGAUUCGAGAGUCAGGUCAUUUCUGCGGUCAAGCAGGUUCAAACUCCCCAUGUACAUGGUGACGGGACUGAAGGUUGCCCGCGGUGCGUCGUUAGUAGGCGUAGGGGAGAAAUGGGACUCCUCGACUGAUUUCAUCGUGGUGUUCAAGGUGCGGAAGAUAUGGCUAGAUCGCGAUGAGGAGGUCAAGCACGCCAAAAUGGCCGUGAUAGCGGAUGGGACGUAUGUCAUCCGUCAACCCACCUUCACUAUUCGAUCGGACGACGACCUCACGCCUAAAUAA